CUCCUGGCCUGGCCACCUCUCAGAGGGCCCAGGCCACUCCGGAGCAGCUCCUGCCUCCUGCAGCCUCUUGCUCGUCCUCAGAGCCACUGCGGAGGGCAGGUGAGGGUGGGGCCAGCUGCCUGUUGGUCUCCAGGAGAGCUGAGCCAACUCCCAGCGGGAGGUGGGCAAGACCAAGACAGCCGAGGGCCCCCCGGGGCCCUGCCCCACAGCAUCAUGAUGGGGAAACUCCCCCUGGGAAGUGUCUCCCCUUAUGUGAAGAUGAGUUCAGGCGGCUGCACGGAUCCGCUGAAAUUCUAUGCCACCAGCUACUCCGUAGCCUAUGGUAGGGAGGAUUUCAGGCCGCGCAUGGGCAGUCACAAAGGCACAGGCUACCAAUCAAAUUUCCGGCCUGUGGUCUCAUACCAAGCCAAGGUUGACACCCUGGAGCCACCUGGACCAGCCAUGGGGAAACAAGUCUGUGACAAUCUCCAGACAGUGACCAGUCAGAGUUUCCGUCCCCCAGAGGUAUCCGAUGGCGGAUAUCCCCUGCCCUGGGACCUGGCCAAGACCAGCUCUGGGUACUCUCGGGAGAAGUCCAACGUGACACCUCUGACCAAGGAGGUCAGGAAGGUCCAUUUUGACACCCCGGACUACAGGCCCCAGGCCAUCACCGGGCUGGAGCCCAGGAAAGUGCCCCUGCUCCACCAGCAGCAGGACAGGGGCUCCCUGGAGUGGGAGAAUGCACGAUACGGCCCGCACUUCAUGACUUCUGAGUAUAACUCAAAGUAUCUCAAGGAGCCUUCUCAGGAGCCAGACCUGUUGCAGAGGAGAUCCAUUGGAGCCAAGGAGGAGACCGGCUUCACCAAGGAGUCCACCAGGAGCCCCAUUGUCUUCCAGCCGCCCUCCCAGGCCCUGCCCGGGGACCCGGUCCUCCUCCCCAGCCGGAGUGUCACCAAGUCGGACUUUCUCCCCAUGACCUACCCUCAUGGCGAUGAGUUGCUGCCCACGCUGACCAGAGGCUCCGAGUGGGAGAAGAGCUUCAGCCGAGGGAAUGAGAGGACUCUGAACCCCAGAGUGCCCCCUCCCAGCCCAGAACCCAGCAGCAUGACCCGGCAAUUCCAGCCGCCGCAGCGGAUGCAACAGACAAAUGUCUCCCUGCUGGGCCAGGAGACCGUGGGGAACAAGGAGCCCACAGGGUUCAGCCUUAACAGUCCGAGCUAUGUCCGCAGCCCCUACGACCCAGGCGUGGAUAAUCGCUACCUCAACGCCUACAACCAAAGGUACUUCGAGAACAUCCCCAAGGGUCGAGACUGUGAAGGCUGGACUCGAGGUGGCAUCCAGCCCCAGAAGCCAGGAGGCUACACCCUCAACCAGUCGGCCACCCGCGUGGAGGCCACACCCACCCCCACGGAGAGCCUGCGGCGCCAGCACCCCUAUGUGGGAAGAACCCUGAUCUCAGCCGACCCCCUCUGCCGACCAGCCACACCUCACAGCAGCCGCUGCACCACCCCCAGCUGA